CUUAUAAUACGCACAGGGGACUAAGAGCUUUUCCCCCCACCCCGGCCAGAAAGUAAACUAGUCUUUGCCCUUGUUUCCUGAGAAGACAAUUCUAAACCUUUGGAGUUUCCUGUAUCGCGAUAUUUCGGCCAGACCAUCUCACUGAGGAAAGAAAGCAUGAUUUAAUUAUUAUUAUUAUUUAGCUUUACUUUUUUUUUUAAUGAUUGUACUUUAGGUGAAGGUUUAUAGAACUAGCUCCUCAUUAAACAUAAAAGCUCUUUUAAAAGGGGAGCCCCCUACUCAACUCCUACUGAUGGUUGCCUUCAGGGAACUUGGGCCCACUAUUGCCAGGUUAUGAUUUUAAAAAAUAAAUCGACAAAGCUGGACUUUUAAAAUUUGAAAUUGCUCUAUUUUUAAUGUUUACAAGGUAUCCCAGUCACACUUUAGCGUAUUUGACACCCAUAAAAAAAAAAUACUCAUCAUUUAUUAAACUCGCCUCCUGUAUAUGACAAAAUUAUUUUCAAUAAUAUUAAGGGCCAGCAAAGAAACUCAGAUACUGAGCACUUCCUUUUACUGAAUUUUGUGUGGAUUUAAUUAUGCUCACUGCAGUGGAGUCGAUUCUGACUCAUAGCGACCCCACAGGGUUUCCAAGGCUGCAAAUCUCUAUGGAAGCCAACUGCCACAGCUUUCUCCUAGGAGCUGAUGGUGGUUUCGAACUGCCACUUUUCGCUUAGCAGUCGAUCGCUUUAAUCACUGCACCACCAGAGCUCCUUAUAAUUAUGCCAGUAUAAAAAACAAAACAAUUAAAAAUUAAACAUUAUAGAGCAAGAAGAAAAAUGUAAUGGGUAAGUUAAUAGUUCUAGUUACAGUUUGUAUGUUUUUGUUUUUGAAAAAAGGGGCAAAAAACAUACCUACAUUUUGGUCUGUCUGAAUGAUAAGUAACAUGACAAUUCUUGUUUCUGAUCCUUAACUUCUACAAGUUUGUCAAUGACUUCGUCAAAAAUAAUCUCUAGUAAUAGACAACAUAGCCAGAUUUGUCCAUCUCUGAUAGCUGAUCAAAUAAUACUUUUUAUUAACUUUCAUUUCGAGAAGUUUCUUUCACAUGAAGCAAGAAACAUACAAAUAGGGAAAGUUUUAAACAUAAGGAUAAAUUUGACAAAGAUUCAUAAAAAUUCCGUUUCACAUUUCCAGGAAUUUUAAAAUAUAAACGAAAAUUCCAAUUGGUCACACAGAAUGUCAGCCUUAAAGUAACUCGUUUAAUUUCUUUGACUUUACAAUCAUUGUUUCUUUUAAAUCUACAAAUUAAACACAGGAAAAUGUAGUCCAACCAUGGGGUCUGGAAACAGAAAUUGUGCCCACAGCAGGUUUGAACAAUUUCAAACCGUUAUGAAUUAAGCCUAGAAAUGAACACAUGUAGAUGAAUCUGCAUGUAUCAGGGGCCGACUGUAUAAUACCAGUUCCCCUGAUUAACUUCCAUGCAAAUUACAAUGCUUAUUAAAGGAUAAAUAAAACUGUGCUAAUUUGAAAUUUGUAUAUUAUUAAAAUGCAAUGGUACCCUCAGAAAUUUAGGACUUAAAUCUACAAACUUUUUCAGGGAGGAGUCAUUUUAUUACUGAUAUUUUUUAGAAUUGCUAGUACAUGGCUGAUUUUUAGUCUAUUUUCUUUUCGUUUUUACAUUUCCUACAAUCUGGAGACCCUGGUGGCGUAGUGGUUAAGUGCUAUAGCUGCUAACCAAGAGGUUGGCAGUUUGAAUCUGCCAGGCGCUCCUUGGAAACUCUAUGGGGCAGUUCUACUCUGUCCUCUAGGGUCGCUACGAGUUGGAAUCGACUUGAUGGCAACGGGUUUGGUGUUUUUGGUUUGGACAGACAAUCCAUCCCCCUAUUGCCUACAACUGGAGGGGCAGGACCUUUCCUACCAUCCCCUCCCUUGAUAUACAAUGACAGUAAAUUUAUGUUUUUUAAAAAACAUUAUAUGAGCCAAACAAAAUAUAUCUUUGACUUCUGGUCUAAGGUUUAUAUUUGGAACUUAAAAUCUAUCUUCUCAUAUCAAUAGCCUCCUGUGUAGUCGGGGUAUCUCUGAGGCACAGCAGGUACCCACUCCCCAAGUGAAAGAAUGCAACGUCAGGACUCAGUUUCCCAGGGUAGUCUUGAGGCAGAGGAUUUUUUUUAGUUCAAGUAAUCACUAAAAGUGACAGUUUUUAGGGACAGUCUGGGUGAAGUAGGUGAAUGGAAGGGAGGAGCACCUAGUUUCCACUCUUCCCUAAACUAUAACACUAGUAAUAAUGAUAACAAUCAUCUAAACAUAUUCUCCUCAGGUCAGCCUUAGGAUGUGGUGGCAUUGGAGGUGCCAGGCCUCCCAUUCUGUCCCACUAUAUAAUGCCCUUAUUGAGGUAUGCAUUUUCCUUCAGAGUUGGAGAAAAAAGGUAGGCACCCUUUGGCAGGAGGGGAUCCUAGGGCCAGGUGUCCUGUCCUUGUUGGUCCUGCCUCACAGCACUCUGGUCCCCCUGGGCAAGUCACUCCCUCCCUUUCUGGAGUCUUCACUGGCUCACUGCACAGUGGCUCACUACACUCAAGCCUGCUCCCUCUUCUCUCAGGCUGAAGGGGGGCACAGGGCCACAAGGGGGGGAUGCUCAGGAGCUGCAGGAGUGGCGCAGGUGCAGGGCGGUGUCUUUGUUCUUUCACCCAAUCCUUCCCCUCCCCCUUCCUCCCCGGAAACCAGCAACUUUGCCACCACCAGUAUUGGGGAUGCUGAGCUGUGAGGCCCAGGCCCAGGGAAAGGUGGGAGUAAAGGGGGCUGCAGCAGCUGUCAGGCCAUGAGCCAGGCUGACCCUUUGGCUCCGGACAGGGUGCCUGGGGCCUUGGCUCUCACAGCAGCAGCAGACAACUGCACGGAUCUACAGGAUCUACUAGUGCGGGGAAUCCCCUCCUUUGGCAAGGCCUGGGGAUUAUGGGCCCUCUUAGGGGCUGUGACGCUGCUGCUUUUCAUCUCACUGGCUGCACACUUGACCCAGUGGACCAGUGGCUGGAACAGGAGCAAUCCAGAGCAGGGACGCUCUGGAGGGUCUGUGGAAGAGGCCCCCCUGUAUGGGAACCUACAUUAUCUGCAGACAGGACGGCUGUCUCAAGAACCAGGGCCAGAGCAGCAGGAUCCAGCUCCUGGGGGCCCCACCAGGGCUGCAGAGGAGGUGAUGUGCUACACCAGCCUGCAGCUGCGGCCUCCUCAGAGCCGGGUCCCUAGCCCUGGGGCCCCCAUCAAGUACUCAGAGGUGGUGCUGGACUCUGAGCCAAAAGCCCAGGCCUCGGGGCCCGAGCCGGAGCUCUACGCUUCAGUGUGCUCCCAGACCCGCCGAGCACGGGCUUCCUUCCCCGAUCAGGCCUACGCCAAUAGCCAGCCGGCACCCAGCUGAAGUGGAGGACCUGGCAUGGCAGGGUUGCCUCACCCAGCCUCCCUGUGGCAGGGGUUACU